UUGAAACCCACGCCCAUCGUGACGUGUGGCACCGCAUGAAAUGGAGUGAAAAUAGUGUGUCCCCUUAAAAUCAGAGGUUUCCAGCGCUGGACGUGUAUAGAAGGCUACCGUGGACGUUCUUCGGAUCCAUGUAUGAACUCUAACUCUGAGCUCCUCGCAACUUUGCCAGGUCUAAUGUUUCCUGAUCAAGUGACACCAGCGAGAGAAUGCGGAUGCUUACUUACGCAAGUUUGUUCUGGUUUAUGUUCAAGUCAGGGCUGGCUCUGCAGAUCCAGUGUUAUCACUGUGAAGAGGUCACUCAAAAUGACUGCUCCACACCUGAGUUCAUCGUCAACUGCACUGUCAACGUUCAGGACAUGUGCCAGAAGGAGGUAUUAGUGACAGAAGACGGGAAGCACUACCGCAAGUCCUGCGCAUCGUCUGGGGCCUGCCUCAUCGCCUCCUCUGGCUACCAGCAGUUCUGCACAGGGAAGCUCUACUCAGUGUGCAUCAGCUGCUGCAACACUCCCCUCUGUAAUGGACCCCGUCAGAAGAAACAGAGUUCCAGAAACAGAGUUCCCUCUGCCGCCUCGUCCCUAAGCCCACUACACAGCCUCUCCAUCCUUUUUCUUCCCUUCCUCCUGCGCCCACCCUCCAUAUUCAGCUGAGAGCCUAUGAUUGGCUGGUUUGGUCUCAUCAAGACUGUGGUUAAAAUUUGAGGCUUGAUACGGUGUCCAUAUCGUCAAUGGAUAUAUGACGCUGUCCUAACAUAGACACUGUAUUUAGAUGAUGUCUUAAUAAGGAUCAUUUGUCCCCAUGUGCAGUUGCAAACUGUAGUCUGGCUUUUUUUAUGGCAGUUUUGAAGCAGUGGCUUCUUCCUUGCUGUCCGGCCUUUCAGGCUAUAUCAAUACAGGACUCGUUUUACUGUGGAUAUAGAUACUUUUGUACCUGUUUCCUCCAGCAUCUUGACAAGGUCUUUUGCUGUUGUUCUGGGAUUGAUUUUCAC